UGGACCUAAGUAGGAAGGAAGGAUGGGCUCUUUCUUGCACCAUGCAAGGCGGCAGCGGUUGGUUGUCCUUUCUCCUGUUCAUUGCCCCACACUUUUUCCUCGCUGUCGGGAUCAUGCUGAACACGGACACAAAGGAAGUACAAACUGGAGUGAACGAGGCACCUCAUUCUAUUAAGUUAAUUAAAAAGAAUUACAUUUAUGGCAACACCAAACAUAAAGUGGAUGUCUAUGUCAAAGUGCACAGGAAUAGCCCCUUUCUAGUCUGCAUGGAUGUGUCCCUUUCACAAAAUGAAGUCAUUGACCCCACCUACAUGUGGAUUGGGCCAGAUGGACAGACACUAAAUAAAAAACACUACGUGAAUCUCACAGCAACUGGAAAAUUGAUGGUGCUUGAUUUUAAAGAGCACAUGUCCGGAUCUUAUACUUGCACACUUACUUACAGAGUUUUCCGAAAUGACAUGCAAGCAGAACAGGAAAGAUUCAAGACAUUUAAAUUUAUGGUUUAUGCAUACCGUGAACCAGAUUACACAUAUCGAAUGUCUGUUCACUUUACAACAAAAGCUUGCAACCUGGCGGCAAAUGAACAGUUCUUUGAAGAGCUAAAGAAAAUUCUGAAUAAUCUGAUUUCCCACCUGAUGUGUCAUAUCAGUGAGCCUUCGUACAAGUGUUAUUCCGUGAAGCGACCCAAACAUGGCCUCAUAGAUGAGCUGUUUGUUGUUUUUCAAGUGAACCCAUUUGCCGCAGGUUGGGACGUUACUUGCCACAAGACUCCCUCUAGCUGUGAAGAUCUCACCAACAGCCACAUUCAAAAGGCCCGAUGGCUCAUUGAAGAGUUUUUCCGCAGGCAAAUGUCCAUCCUGAAACAUGAGUUUCAGAACACCCCGCCAAUCCAUUAUGUAGACCAUAGUUUCCAAGUCACUCGUCUCGACAGCUGUCGCCCAGGGUUUGGGAAAAAUGAGCUCACCCACAAUGACUGCGCAAAUUGCUGUGUGGCCUGUGAUCCUGGGACCUACAGCCCAGACAAUGAAGUGGUUUGCCAGAAAUGUACAAGCAUCCGGAUUAAACACUAUGGAGCAAAAUCCUGUUAAAUAAAAC